AUGGAUUACAGUUUGGAUUCCUACCUUUUUGCAGCCAUCCGAGGAGCUGAUAUAUCCUUAUCCCUCAGUACCAGUUCUUCCGUGGAUUUCGACGGAGAGCCUCUGAAUUUUGGGGAGAAUAACACAUUUGCAGUUCCUAUCAAUAAGAUGAUUUCUGCAUGUAGUGGCAGCCUGGAGAAAGCUCACAUGGGCGAAAAAUCUUCUCUAUUAUUUGUACCAGCACCUUUUAAUAAACUCUCGUCAACCACGGGUUUUCUAUAUGACCUGAACGAGAAACCUGCCGACUUAAGGAACAAUGCUGAUCCCACAGCCCAGCCUGCUUUAUUGACCAUGAUGCAUUCUGGUGCUGCACAUGUUUUCCAUGAAAUUAUACCAGAUAAGGGUAAUCACGUUAUGUGUGUGGCCAGCAAGUCAUCCUUGGCCACUUCUAGUGCCGAACAAAGCAUAAGGGGCUAUUGUUAUACUCCAACGGUGGCCAUGGCUCGGAGGGCAACCUUGGCCAGAUUUUUAGAGAAGCGCGUGCAUCGAUUGACACGUACAAAGACAUCAAAUCUUAUCAGAAAAUCACCAGAUGCAACUACUUCUCCAGCAUGGAAUCUAAAUAUGAAGUGCAGCAAGAAGAAGAACAAUAUCAUCAGAUAA